CUUCUUUUGAGACAGGGUUUCUCUGUGUAGCUUUGGCUGUCCUGGAUUUGCUUUGUAGAAGAGGCCUGCCUUGAACUCACAGAGAUCUGCCUUCCUCUGCCCUCCCUGAGUGCUGAGAUUACAGGGUUGCACCCUGCUGCUAAUAAUUAUUCUGUGGACAAGAAAACUCUGGGGUAAAAAAAAUAAAAAAAAAAAAAAACAACUCUGGAAACUUACAAAACAGUAUAGAUUUCUGUCCCCUGCCUCUGUUCUAGGAUAUAGUCUUUGCCUGUCUCUAGCCAUGGAGAACCCUUUGAGUUCAGACUGCACUUUGAACGCUAACUGUGUCUUAGUGCACAGAGCCCAGGCCUGGUAGAGGACCCCAGAGUGACUUUAACAGGAACACCACCCCUGCCCCCAUCACUGGCUUCUCUUUCACACUCUGGGCCAGCAUGCAGGGCUCCUCCCUGUCGCUGUGGCUCUGCAUGCUUCUUGAGCAACUCCUCAAGGACAGCACAUCAGGCAGGUUUGUGGGGUGGAGUAAAGAGUCCUGCCCCUAUCUUGGCCAGGCCCAGAGAAUUUCUCUUCACAUGGGCUGACGGCUGGGGAGAAGGGUAGACCAAGAGAGGUGUGCUCUGUUUGAUCCAGAAGGGGAAGAAGCUGAAAGCCUGGCUCUCUUAGCAGCUCCCCAGCCUUCUUCAUCCUGUGGGCCCAAUUUGAGAGAGCGGCAUGCGGCACCCCCUGGCUGGCCCAGUGUCUUCUGACCUGCUGCUGACUGCCCCCAGGAGGCCCUGACGCCCUGGGGCACUUUUGCUCUGCACAGGACCACGCUGGGGUUUGCCAUGGUGACAUAAAGGGGUGCAGAGGAAGGAAGGAGCAAGACCAGCCUGUAGACUGUGCCCCUGGCUGGGAGAAAGGGCCAGGGGCCCAGAUCCUUUUCUCCGCUGCUCUUUGAACGACUCACUUCCUAAGUCUCUGAAUUUCUCAGUCAGGAUAACUCUUGGGCCUCCUGUGUGAGGUCUUGAAGGGGCCAGGCCAGGCUGGGCCUCUGCUGGUUGAGAUCUUGGGGGCCAGGAUGCCUGCCCUGGCGUGCCUCCGGAGGCUGUGUCGGCACAUGUCCCCACAGGCUGUCCUUUUCCUGCUGUUUGUCUUCUGCCUGUUCAGCGUCUUUGUCUCGGCCUACUACCUAUAUGGUUGGAACCGGGGCCUCGAGCCCUCAGCUGAUGCUUCUGAGUCCGACUGUGGGGACCCACCACCUGUCGCGCCUAGCCGCCUGCUGCCAAUCAAGCCUGUGCAGGUGGUCGUCCCUUCCCGAACAGACCCGCUGGUGCUGGUGUUUGUGGAGAGCCUCUAUUCACAGCUGGGCCAGGAGGUGGUGGCAAUCCUGGAGUCCAGCCGCUUCAAGUACCGAACAGAGAUUGCACCAGGGAAGGGGGACAUGCCCACACUCACUGACAAGGGCCGUGGCCGCUUCGCCCUCAUCAUCUAUGAGAACAUCCUCAAGUAUGUCAACCUGGAUGCCUGGAACCGGGAGCUGCUGGACAAGUACUGUGUGGCCUACGGCGUGGGCAUCAUUGGCUUCUUCAAGGCCAAUGAGAACAGCCUGCUGAGUGCACAGCUCAAAGGCUUUCCUCUUUUCCUGCAUUCGAACCUGGGCCUGAAGGACUGCAGCAUCAACCCCAAGUCCCCACUGCUCUAUGUGACACGGCCCAGUGAGGUAGAGAAAGGUGUGCUGCCUGGUGAGGACUGGACUGUGUUCCAGUCCAACCACUCUACCUAUGAACCAGUGCUGUUGGCCAAGACACGCUCCUCCGAGUCCAUCCCACACCUGGGUGCAGACGCUGGCUUGCAUGCCGCACUGCAUGCUACUGUGGUCCAGGACCUGGGCCUCCAUGAUGGCAUCCAACGUGUGCUGUUUGGCAACAACCUCAACUUUUGGCUGCAUAAGCUUGUCUUCGUGGAUGCGGUAGCCUUCCUCACAGGGAAGCGCCUCUCACUGCCUUUGGAUCGGUACAUCCUGGUGGAUAUUGAUGACAUUUUUGUGGGCAAGGAGGGCACACGUAUGAAGGUGGAAGAUGUGAAGGCCCUGUUUGAUACCCAGAAUGAACUUCGCACACACAUCCCAAACUUCACCUUCAACCUGGGCUACUCAGGGAAAUUCUUCCACACAGGUACCGACGCCGAGGAUGCUGGGGACGACCUGCUGCUUUCCUAUGUGAAGGAGUUCUGGUGGUUCCCCCACAUGUGGAGCCACAUGCAGCCCCACCUCUUCCACAACCAGUCAGUGCUGGCUGAGCAGAUGGCCCUGAACAAGAAGUUCGCUGUCGAGCACGGCAUUCCCACAGACAUGGGGUAUGCAGUGGCGCCCCACCACUCUGGUGUGUAUCCCGUGCAUGUGCAGCUGUACGAGGCAUGGAAGCAGGUGUGGAGCAUCCGUGUGACCAGCACAGAGGAGUACCCCCAUCUGAAGCCCGCCCGCUACCGCCGCGGCUUCAUCCACAAUGGCAUCAUGGUCCUCCCUCGGCAGACCUGUGGCCUCUUCACACAUACCAUCUUCUACAAUGAGUACCCCGGAGGCUCCAGUGAACUGGACAAGAUCAUCAAUGGGGGCGAGCUCUUCCUCACUGUGCUCCUCAAUCCUAUAAGCAUCUUCAUGACGCACUUAUCCAACUAUGGAAACGACCGCCUGGGGCUGUACACCUUCAAGCACCUGGUGCGCUUCCUUCACUCUUGGACCAACCUGAGGCUGCAGACUCUGCCCCCUGUGCAGCUGGCCCAGAAGUACUUCCAGAUCUUCUCUGAGGAGAAGGACCCGCUUUGGCAGGAUCCCUGUGAGGAUAAACGCCACAAAGACAUCUGGUCCAAAGAGAAGACAUGUGACCGCUUUCCAAAGCUUCUCAUCAUUGGGCCCCAGAAAACAGGCACUACGGCCCUCUACCUGUUCCUGGGCAUGCACCCGGACCUCAGCAGCAACUACCCCAGCUCCGAGACCUUUGAGGAGAUCCAGUUUUUUAAUGGCCACAACUAUCACAAAGGCAUCGACUGGUACAUGGAGUUCUUCCCUAUUCCCUCCAACACCACCUCUGACUUCUACUUUGAGAAAAGUGCCAACUACUUUGAUUCGGAAGUGGCACCACGGCGGGCAGCUGCCCUGUUGCCCAAGGCCAAGAUCCUCACCAUCCUCAUCAAUCCAGCAGACCGAGCUUACUCCUGGUACCAGCACCAGCGAGCCCAUGAUGACCCGGUGGCCCUAAAGUACACCUUCCAUGAGGUGAUCACAGCUGGCCCCGAUGCAUCCUCAAAGCUGCGUGCCCUCCAGAACCGUUGCCUCGUCCCUGGCUGGUAUGCCACUCAUAUUGAUCGCUGGCUCAGCGCCUUUCACGCCAACCAGAUCCUGGUCUUAGAUGGCAAAUUGCUUCGUACAGAACCUGCCAAAGUGAUGGACACGGUGCAGAAAUUUCUUGGGGUGACCAGCACUGUUGAUUACCACAAAACCUUGGCGUUUGACCCAAAGAAAGGAUUUUGGUGCCAACUGCUUGAAGGAGGAAAAACCAAGUGUCUGGGCAAAAGCAAAGGACGGAAAUAUCCAGAGAUGGACCUGGAUUCCCGAGCCUUCCUAAAGGAUUAUUAUCGGGACCACAACAUCGAGCUCUCUAAGCUGCUGUAUAAGAUGGGCCAGACACUGCCCACCUGGCUGCGGGAGGACCUCCAGAACACCAGGUAGCCUCGGCCACCACAGCCAGACAGAACGCUUGUGUUAGCAGGGAUGUCCUGCCUCACACUGAGCCAGACUGACCUGCCGAGAAGGGUGCUGGGCCCGGCCAGCCAAAAGCAAUGAGCAAUACUCUGCUAAGGCCCAUUGGGGCCAGAAGCCCAGGCAGGUCUGCAAGCGCCUCAGCAUCUACCACUGGAUGUGUGGCCUGUGGGACCUCUCUGGUACUGGAGGUCCAUUCCGUUCGUUCGCAGCCUCCCUGCCUGGGAGACCACUUCCUGUUGGUGGAAGGUCAUUUCCUGGUAGGAGGAGUCCUGGAGACUCUCUCCUGUCCCUCACUGUGUUCUACCACUCCUGCCCUUUCCUUUGUCACACAGUCCCCUGCUCCAGCAGGGUGCCCCCUCAGUAUUAGCUGUCAUAUUUCCUUGUCCUCCAGACAGUAAGGGAGAAGAGCGCAGCUGGGCCUUUCGCCCAACUAGGUAGAAAGACUGGGCAUGUCCUUGAGGGUUUUGAGCCAGGCACUGCCAGGGUUUAUCUGGGCACCCAGAUGCACUCAUUGGAUUGGAUGUGAGGGUGGCCGUCUUGAGAGGACAUGUGACCUCCGUAUUUGGGUUCUUAUCAUCACAUCUCAUCUCCCCUUUAGGGGAAAGACUCUCUGGUCCCUAUCCACCUAGAGCUCAUGGUCUCUUGUAGGACCUGGGUCACUGCCAUGCCACUGGGCCCGGAGACAUGGGCCUCGGCCCUGUCCUGUUCACCUGGCUGUGACAUGUGGUGUUUCCUGUGGUAAAGGCUGAGGCGAGUCAGGAGUCUGCCAGUGUCCAUGCUCCCAUGUACAUAUAUUGUUUCACAGCCACUGCCUCGGCCCAGUGGACAAGACAGAGUCAGCGAGCAGUGCUGUCCACUGCUUUGCCCAGCAACCUGUGGCCGAGGGUCCCCAGAGACCCCCUUAACCUCCCAAAUACUAAGAAGCUAAAGUAUUUUAAUAUUAUGUGUUUUUUUUUUCUUGGUGCCAGAGUUUAUACCCUGGGUGCUGGGGUCGCACUGUGUUUUAUAUAUACAUAUAUAUAUAUAUAAUGUGUAUAUAUAUAUAUUAUAUUUUUUUUGGUUGGGUUUGUUUUUAAUUCAGUCAUACACAAUGAUGGCAAGCCCUAGCCUCAAAGGAUGUCAUAUCUUAAUGCUAGAGAAUUAGGUGGAAGGGAAAGUGAGUGUGUCUGUAAGAGUCUAGGCCUCAGGGAGAUGGCUUGAAGAGUUCAUCCUCCUUCUCCUACAGAGGGAGCAGGGAUGGUAAGAUGAAAAGGAAGACCAGCUCUCCCCAAGAAGUCUGGCUUUACAAAGACUGCGGUGUUUGGGCCCCAGGAAAAAGCUGGCCUGGGGAGGAGGCCUGGAGCCCUGAGCUGGCCUCCCCGUCACAUGGUGCUAGGUUGGGGGCUGCCUUGGAUGCCCACAGGGACCCACAGAAUUGUCUCCAGUCCCUGCAGACACAGGGUCUCUGGCUGUUUUCUGUUUGGGUUCUGUUCCUGUCCCCCUUUUAACAAUGUGAAGUGACUGAGGUUGGGUUUCCUUUCCUAAGCCCUGCCCCCACUUUCCCCCAACUGCCAAUUCAGUGUCCACCAAUCAUUCAGGACAUUCUGGCAUCCCAGGCUUGGAAGGGUCCCAAGAUGGGCACAAAGUAGGUCCGGGAAUGGGAGGUGGCCUUGGUCAGUGUCACAGAGCUGUUGGAAAGCAGUGCCAAGAGCUAAAUUCAGGUCCCUGAUUCUGAGCCCACUGCUCUUCCAGGACCACACUGCCUCUGAGCCCACCCCUGCAACCCUACUGUGUUCCAGGUUCCUGUCUUUCCCUCAGUCACACAGCUGUGGUCAUUCCAGGACAUGGGGACAAACCACUCUUUCCCAGCCAGGUGCCUUUGAGCCUUCCCCUUCCUGCCGUGUUUUCUUGCUUCCAGAGUCCAUUCAUCCUGGCAGCCGGGGCCGUCUUCACUCUGACCUAGUCUCUCCUGGAGUUCUCCACUGUGGUGGAGAGUGUAAGAUGCUCAGGGCACCUGCAUACAUGGUUUUGGUGUGCAGAGAGCCACGUCACAUCAUGUUUCUCAUUGGGCUUGGAGCCUGUGGACCCUGGUCAUUACAUGGUAUCUGUGUGGUACGCUCAAAUGCCCUGGCAGAAGCUGGAACCAGACUGAGAGUUGGGUCAGAGUGUGUACCCUCAGCCUCACUUCCUACCUGUCUGUGAGGAUAGCUCCUGUAUUCUGCAUGAGACCAUGUGAGAGCUGAGUUAGGGCAGUUGGGGUGGCCCUUGUACAACAUGCCGCUCCGAUGGUCUCUGCCUCUGGCCUCAAGUGGAAGCAGGCAAGUCUGAGCCCCUGGAAGAGCAGGGGAGAUACUCUCUGGUCUGUUUCCUUCUAAGAGCCUGGGGACUGCACCUGCCAUCUGUUCCAAGCCUGGAAGAGGUUCGUGCCAUGUCCCUCUCACUUCUGGACCCAGAGAGUGUCACAGCAUGCAGAUACUGGGUCUUAGGAAAUAGAAUAAGUUCGUCUUAGGAUCUCUCAACUAGGAUGUCCAUUGAUUGACUGGAAGGAAGCAUUUAGAAAACACAAACAAGUUUGAGGGAAAUCACGACAGUUGUUCAGGCCACUCCCCUGUUCCUUCUGCAGUCUCUACCAACAGCCUUUGCCUUAUGGGUGCAGAUCACCUGCAGCUGCCCCAGUCAUUCCAGGUUCCAGAGCUUUCUAUGGGGCAGGCCUCCGAGAGCAUGGAGAGUGAACAUGAAGUUAAAAUUGUCCAUUUCAAAUCCUGACAUAUGAGCAGUGGGUGCUUCUGAGUCUGCUCAUUUCCAGCGGAGGGAAGCUGCUGGCCUUGUCUCACCCUAGAGCCCCACAGGUAUGUAGUGGGAAGAGCAAGUUCAGAACCAUCUCACCUUUGGGUUGUGACUGCCUGCCAGCCUUCAUCCAGACUGAAGAGGGUUGGCAUUUGCUGGUCUGUUUUCUCUCUCUCUCUACAUGUUUAUAUGUGUGUCUUAAAAGUAAGUUGCAGGUAUCAUGAGACUGUUUAUCCCUAGUGUUGCCCUAAGAGGUAGGGCCUUCUGCCAGACCAGCCAGUGCCAAGGCCGAAACAGUAGUCUGUUCCCAUUAAUAGCUGCUGUCUACUCUGUACCCAAAGUCCUCCUUCCCAUUAUACCUGGUUUUAGUAUUGGAUCCAGUCAAGGCAAGAACAUUGUAUUUUAUUAAAAAAUUUUUUUGAACGCUAAAAUGUUUUCCCUCUGCCCAUCUGAUUUUUUUAAAAAAAGGUUUUCUUUUUGUUUGUUUGAGACAAGGUCUCAUUAUAUAGCCCUGGCUAGCCUGGAAUUUGCUAUGUAGACUAGGCUAGCCCUGGAACUCAUAGAGAUCCACUUGACUCUCAAGAGCUGAGACUAAAUGUGUGCACUUACCAGGCCCAGUCCAAAAAUGGCAUUUUGUUUGUUUUCUGAGACAUGGUCUCACCUUGUAGUUCUGGCUGUCCUGGAAAUUACUAUGUGAACCAGGCUGGCUUUGAACUCAGAGAUCUACCUGCCUCUGCCUCCCAAGUUCUGGGAUAAAAGGUUUUGUGCCACCACUCCCAUCCCCCAAGUUAUGUUAUUUUUAGGGCUUGAGGGUGUGUUGUCAUAUAGAAGCCCCACAUUCCAGAUCUGGCUGUUUCUUCCUAGUCCUCUAGUCCAUGUGCUUUCAAGGGUAAUUUUGUUUUUUGUUUUUUGUUUUUUUUUUUGUGUGCUGAUGUGGCAUUUCCCUCCUGCCUAAGGUGUGUCUCCUUCCACUACCACCUGCACCAAGGGCCAGACCAGCUUGGAGGAAGGGAAGGGGCUCCCUGAAGAAGAUUAUCACACUGGGUAGGGGCCAAGGGCACUCUGGGGUGGGGUGGCCUGCUGGGCUGCCCCAGGGAGGUCAGGCUGGGCACUGAAUUGUCAGAAUGAGUUUAUACAGCUUGGAGGACCUGGGCUGCCCCAUGCCCAGCAGCAUCCAUCUUUCUCCACCUCUCUCCUUCUCCAUCUUUGUUUUGGUUUCCCUGUUUCUGUUCUGUGGUUCUGGGGUCUUCACUUACUAGGUGGUCAGCGUGCACUGGAGCAGAGGUAAGACCUCAAGCUAUGACAGAAAAAACCUAGAUGGAAUAAUGCCCCCUCUAGGCCAUAGUGUGAGAAGGGCACUGGGUACCCUGGGUGGCCAUGUGACAGUCUUCCUCCCAAGGCCUCAGCUUCCCCCUGCAUAAAAUGAGGAGACAGAGGCUGUACCAGGGGUUUUCACAUGUCCAUGCAAGAAGCAGCUGUGCUCUGAGGUUAGGAGUCUGGCCCCCCACUCCUCACCCCCAUGCCUUCCACGCAGUGCUCGGGUCGAGGUUGUCUGGCCGUGGGUUUGAUGUCCUUGCUGGCUCUGAGCAGGCUGGGCAAUGACUGUGUGUCGGCUCUGCUGAGGACCAGCGUGAAGGCCAGGGGAGAUGUCUGCAGUGUUUCAUUUAAGAAGUUCACCUCUCCCUCUUCUCUCCCUGGCCUGGAGGAAGCUACAAGAGGAAAGGGUUUUCUAUGACUGAGCUAGCUUUUCUUAUGGACAAGAGGGCUCUUUUUGUAAUUUGUGCAUGAAAUUCAUGUUAUUUCCUGGGGAGAGAAGAGGGCCAACUGAGUGGGUGGGGGGGCACGUGUGGGAAGCAGGCAGAGGUCUCCCUCUGUGCAGGGGUGGGGAGGGGUCGCAGAGGGCAUGCUACCCAGCUCACCUGAAGAGGGCUCUUGAACCAGCCGUUUUGGGUUGUGUUAAACGUGGGAACUUUCCUCCAUUAAUGUACAAUCUUGAACUAACUGCUAAUAAAAUGGGAUUCUGUUUGUA